AUCUUUUAAUUGUUUCCUUUGUUAAUUUUUAAUUUCUAAUUAUUAAUCUUAAUUUCUGUUCUUAAUUUAAAUUGUUUGUUAAUCUUUUUCUCUUCCUCUCUCUGGAUUGAUUAACAAUAUAAUUGAAAGUUAAUCUAAAGAUGGCGGUUACUGUUUCGUUGGUAUGAUGUGUAAUCAAGGUUUGGUUACAAGAAAUGAUAUUCAGAAAAUUUGAUUUUCUUACCUUAUACUUUUUUUUUUCUUUCUCUCUCUAUCCUUUGCUUGUUUGUCUAUUUUUGAUUUUUCUUCUAUUCUUUUUAGUAUUUUUGAUGAUUAUUCCUUGUAAGACAACGUUGUUUCUUCCACCAUCAUCAUAUUUAUCAUCAUCACCAUUCCCUCCUUUUAUCAUAAAUAUUGAAAAAAAAGACAUAAUCCAAGAUGAAAUUGGAACAAGUUCUUGGAUUAACUGUAUGCAAUAAUUGUGCUCUUGACACUAAUUCGGUUUCUGGUAAUGUCGCUUAUCCCGCUGGAUCUGUGGUAGUUGUUUAUAAUAUCAAACGAAAUAAACAAUAUCACAUCAUCAAUGGAACACUUAAAAGUAUCACAUCUCUUUCCCUUUCAACGGAUGGUAAAUAUCUUGCCACCGGUGAAUGUGGUAAUGACCCUUGUGUCCGUGUUUGGGAUUUAUCAACUGGUCAACAAGUUGCCUUUUCUUCUGGACACAAGUAUGGAAUCAAUUGUGUUGCUUUUUCACCUAACAUGAAAUAUGUAGUCUCCAUUGGAUCUCAUCGUGAUAAAAUGGUCAAUGUUUGGGAUUGGCAGAAUGAUAUUAAAAUAGCCUCAAAUACCGUCUCAUGUAAAGUUAAAGCAAUAUCUUUUAGUGAAAAUGGUGAAUAUUUCGUCACCGUUGGUAAUAGACAUGUUAAAUUUUGGUAUCUUCAAUAUUCAAAGUCACCUAAAAGUAAAAUGGACACUGCCCCUUUAAUGGGUAGAUCAGCAAUAUUGGGUGACCAAAGGAAUAACUAUUUCUGUGAUGUUGCAUGUGGCCUUGGUGAGGCCGCUGAAAGUACCUUUGCCAUUGCUCGUUCUGGGCUUCUAUGUGAAUUUAAUAAUCGACGUCUUCUUGAUAAAUGGGUUGAAUUAAGGACUUCAAGUGCCAAUUGUCUAAGUACUGGACAUAAUAUAAUUUGUGUUGGAUGUGCUGAUGGAAUCAUCCGAUGUUUCAAUCCUGUCAACCUUCAAUUUAUCUGUACCCUUCCGAGGCCUCACACCUUGGGUAUUGAUAUUGCGAAAGGUUUAAACCGAAAUGAAACAGGGCCAAAUGGUAGUGGUAAUGGGACUAAUUCACCCUUUGGCUCUAAUCCUAAAUUCCCAUCAACCAUUGCCAUCAGUCUUGAUGAGAUCAAUAAAAAGGUUACCUGUGUUUACACUGAUCAUAGUAUGUAUAUCUGGGAUAUCCGAGAUCUCAAGCGUGUCGGUAAAUCGAGAUCAUUCUUGUACCAUAGUGCCUGUAUUUGGGGUAUUGAGACUUAUCCUAAUGCAAAGGUCAGUGCCAAACAACUUUUACCACCGGGAACCUUUAUAACCUGUUCCAGUGAUGAUACAGUUAGAGUUUGGAAUUUAGAUUCAAUCAACCCUUUGAAUAAUAUUUCCGCGGAUUCAUAUGUUUACAAGAAGAAUAUUUUUUCACAAGAAUUAUUGAAAAUUUUUUACAUGGAUCCCAAGUUAACCUACAUUUGUGAUCCAGAUAUCAAUCCAGAAGCAAGUGGUGAUUCCAAUUCGGAUAAGAAUGAGAAUAUAUUUGAUUCUAAAAAUGGUGUUCGUUGUAUUAAAGUUUCUCCUGAUGGUCGUCAUCUUGCUUCCGGUCAUCGAUCGGGUAAUAUAAGAAUAUUUGAUUUCGCAAGUCAACAGGAAAAGUGUUCAAUUGAAGCUCAUAAUGCUGAAGUUUUAUCAGUUGAAUAUUCUGAUCAACUACCCAAUGGACGUCAUCUUUUAGCUUCAGCAUCUCGUGAUCGACUUAUCCAUGUGUUUGAUGUUGAAAAUAAUUAUUCACCUGUGCAAACUUUAGGUGACCAUUCAUCUUCCAUUACAGCAGUGAAAUUUAUUCCCGAUAUAGAGAAACGUAAUUUAAAAAUGAUAAGUUGUGGUGCCGAUAAAUCAAUCAUCUUCCGUCAAAAUAGUUUAAAUAAUGAUGAAGUUAACUUUGUCCGUGAACAUCAUGUAGUUGGUAAAAGUACCCUUUACGAUAUGGAUGUUGACCGUGGACGAUUUUCAGUGGUCACUGCUUGUCAAGAUAGAGCAGUUCGUGUCUAUAAUGCAGAAACAGGUAAAAAUGUUCAUGUAAUCGAUGGUUCCUUGGGUAAUGAUGGGACACUAAUCAAAGUUGCCUUAGAUCCGGCGUGCAUUUUUGUCGCCGCUUCAUGUACGGAUAAAAGUCUUUACGUCCAUGAUAUGACCUCAGGAGAUUGCAUGGCAACCUCUAAUGGUCACUCUGAGCUUAUUACUGGCCUUAAGUUUACAUUCAAUGGUCGUUACCUUAUAUCUGUAUCUGGUGACAGCUGUAUAUUUGUUUGGAAACUCCCACUUGAAAUGGCCAAUGCAAUAGCAGCUAAACUAGGCUUACCACCGGUUCCACCCGAAAAACCAGCCAAUAUAAUUAAUAAAUCAUUACCUUUGGAAAAUGAGAAAUCACCAAAUGUUACAACAACCAAUGGAUCUGGAAAUGGUUCAGCAUCCUCAUCUCCUUACCGAUUUAACCUUAAAUCUUUACCCUCUUGGGCAAAGAAACAAAUGAAUGAUAAGAAUGGUAAAUCAGAUGAAUCACCUUCAUCUUCACCUGGUAAUAAUAAUAAUGGUACUCCACCUUCAUCAGCAGCUCCCGCUCAUUUGCAACCUAAAGGAAGAUGGGCUCAGAGGAUAGAAAACACUCCUAAUCUAGUCGUUAAAUCUUAUCUUACCAAUGAUGCUAUCAUACCUUAUCCCAAUUUAAAUAACAGUAAAUCAGAAUCUCCAGCAAAUGAUGAAAUUGAUACAUCAUCAGGUAAAGAUGGACAUUAUGGACGAUCUCGCCAUUUAACCGACUCUUCAUCAGCCAGUGGUAGUUGGCAAAGAGAUGAAGAGGAGGAAAAUAUAACCACCGAUAGUAGUGAUCUAAUCUAUUAUCCUCAAAGUGAAUCGAUCCGUGGGUCAACCUUUGAGAUUCGUGAAACAAAUGAGGAUGAAUUAAAGGAUAGAUUACGACGUUUCCGACGAAGUAAAAGUAACCUAAGCCGUUACGGUGGCGGUGGUUUAGUUCCCUCAGUGAGUGUGCCCAAUUUCAAUGAAUUGCACAGUGAUGAUGAAGACUCGGGCACUGCCGGUGGUGAAAGUGAUCGAAGUGGUCGAAUUAUAACAAGAAACCCGUUGUACAUUAGUACCGAAAAUCUUGAUCGUCUUGAUCAACGUGAACGUUUCAUGAAAAACAACUUUGAAACGUUAAGCAAAGAGAUGAAUAAUGUUUCAGUUGAAAGUGAUAAUAUUAUUUCAUCAAAUAACAUUGAAUCUGAGAAUCGAUCAAGCAUAUCAGCAAGAUAUUUAUCUCAAUCAUCUCAACCUACAACACCACAAGUAUCUUCAUCACCAUCAACAGCCUACAGAACUCCUAGAUCGACGUCAACCCUGAAACCUCCUCUUACCAAGAGACGCGAAGAGUUAACUAAAGCCAUCAGUGAAGCAAGAAAAAAACUGGAAACACUCGGUUGGAAAGGAGGAUCAUCUGCCCUUAAUUCAAGUAAAAGUGUAGCCAAUCUAAGGGAUAUUGGUGAUACUCAAACUUUACCUUUACCCAAAAAUAAUUCUAUUCGCCGUUCAAUCUCCUUAAGCGAUAUUUCAUUGACUCCACAGCGAAAACUUUUACCAGCCUCUCAAGCAAAUAACUUUUUCGAUGUUGGCUCUAAAACGACUCCAACUGCACCUCUAUGGGAGAGACAACAAUCCGAUCUUAAUUCUAGUCACGGGUAUUCCAUGAUGAAACGAAGUACAAGUUCGACCAGUCUUAGAAAUCAUGAAUCGUCGUCUUACCUUCGUCCAUCUUUCGGCUCAAAAUCUCAGGGUCUUUGGAGUUCACCUUCAGUCUCACAUUUACCUUCAUCUGGAGGUAAAUUUAGUUCAGGUCGUAUGAGCGCUCCCCCACCUCAAUCGUGGAAAAAAGGUAAAGAUUAUCUUAAUGGCAGCAUUAGUGGAGGAGGUGCUGGUAGUUCAGAUGAAGAGGAAACAUCUUCCGAAUCAGAAGCCUUACCUCGAACUCUCCGUCCUGGAACUCCACCAAAGCCUAAUAUACUUCGACAAAUAAGACGCUCAUCAACCAGCCAAGCGGUGCCAAAUACCAAACAAUCUGACCUUACAUCGCCCAAAUCACGAAAAAUUUGGGGUAACUUUGAACUUCGAUCAUCUAAAAGUGAAUAUAAUCUUGAUAUGAUUGAUCAUCGAGAAACACUUCCCAGAACACGAGCUGGUUCUACCUUAACGUCACCUAAUUCAACUGGAAACGGACUUUGGCUCAAUUCAACGGGUGGUAACAAUUUAACUGUCAACAAUUUGCAUAACAAAAGUAUGAACCUAUUAAACGACAAACAAUAUGAUCUUGCCUCAAGUAAUCCAGCCUCCAUCCCAUUAACCAUGGAAUUAGUUCAUAAUGUUGUCGAUGAAUUAAAUCAUAUUGCCACUUAUGCAAAGAAAAUUUAUCACCGCUGUUCAGCGGCGGGAAAUAUUGCUCUAUGUAAUUUACUGGUUGAUGGUAUUUCCAAAGCCUAUGUAAACCUUUCCACCGUUGUACCUCCACCACCAAUCAAUGGUGACACCCCUGUUAUGGCAAAUACAAUGGAGCCGACAAGCAGUUUACCGCCAGAGAGUAUGAUACAAACGAUGAACCUUUUACAACAAUAUUCUGAUAGAUUGGUCAGUAUGGUGGAACAGAGAAUGACCAAGGAAAAUCAAAAGAAAAACUAAUGAUAAAUAACAAAUCAAAAUUUUCAUGAGAGAAACAAAUAACCAUGUUAAUCAAGAUGAUGACGACUAAUCAUCAUUGUUAGUGUACAUAUAAAAAGCCACAUUGGAGAGGAAAAACUCAUCAGAAAGCAAAGCAAGCGGGGAAAAAAACAAGCAAGAAAAAAGAUAUCAGCAUGACUUGAAAUCCAAGGAAUGAAAGGGAACGAGAAAUAAGCAAGAUGAAAAAAAGCCAAGAUGAGGAUGCAAAAAAGGAAAAAGAAAACUUGCUUUUUCUCAGACUUGUUCUUUCCUCUCUAUUACGUUUUCUCUUUCCAUUUUCUUACCUUUUUUUCUCUGUCCUUCUUUCUCUCUCUCUCUCUCGCUUUAUCCAGGUAGUAGAAUUUUCUUUCUCUUUCUUCUCUCAGUAGAAACACAACAAUCACGGGAAAGAAGAUGAAAAAUUUAGUGCCUUUUUAGUAUUGCCUUUUAGUAUUGUGAAAGUAAGAGCCUUCCAUCAUCAUCUCCAUCCUCAUCCUCAUCCUCAUCUUCAUCAUUAUUUUAGCAAACUAUCGAUAUCAAGGUAACAAUAAGUACAUUCCAUGCAAAAGAGGAACACGUCUUCGUCUUUUUUAAAACCAAUCAAUCAAUUUUUAUCUCACAUUUCAUAUCCAUUCCACACACAAAAUAACCAAACAAUCAACCAUCAACAAUUUAUAUCCUUUUCUCUUCCAAUCAACAAUUAACAAUCAACAACAAAAAGAUAACAACCGAUGAAAACAUCAACACAAUCCAAGCGAAAGGAAAACAAAACUCAAAGAAAUGAAAACAUUUCCAUUGAACAUUUUUUUCAACUCUUCCUCUUUCACCUCUUUUUUUCACAUCAAUGACAAUUAAGAUCUUGAUCAUUUUUUCCGCCAAACUAUUUAUUAAUUAUAAUAAUAAUUCACUUUUUCUAUUAUUAUAAUUUUAAUUAUUACCAUUAUUAUGA